AUGUCAGACACUCGAGAAUCCAAGCCCUUGACAUUGACCGUCCUCGGUUCAGGAACAAUGGGCAUAGCAAUAAUGGGCGGCGUAAUGUCCUCGCUCGCCUCCGCCAAAACUGCCGCCGCACUCUCUUCCUCGUCAACACCCAAAAACACACCCAACCUCUCCAACUUCAUCGCCUGCGACCAAUGGGCCCCCGCCGAAGAAAACGUUCGAAAAGCCCUCUCGCAUUACAACUUCCCGCUUCAAACCCUCACCAACCAGAACCUCAAGGGCGUUCAGCAAGCAGACAUUAUUCUUCUAAGCUGCAAACCCCAUGGCUUCAAGACCAUCCUGGGCGAGGACGGCAUGAAAGAGGCGCUUAAGGGGAAAGUGCUGGUGAGCAUCUUGGCGGGUGUGACAAGGGAGCAGAUUGAAGCGUUCUUGUACCCCGAGGGAGCGGAUAAGGUGGAGGGUGCAUGCAGGGUUGUUAGGGUGAUGCCAAACACGGCGAGUUUUGUGGGCGAGUCCAUGUCUGUGAUUCAGACUUCGGAUCCGCCGUUGAGCGAGGAGCAGUACAAGCUGGUGGAGUUUGUAUUUAGCUCUAUUGGCCGCGUUACUACGCUGCCGCCGGCCAACAUGGAUGUGGCGACUGCUCUGUGUGGCUCUGGUCCGGCGUUCUUUGCGCUGAUCUUGGAGGCCGCGGCGGAUGGUGCUGUGGCUAUGGGACUGCCGAGGGCGGAGGCGCAGAUGAUGGCGGCGCAGACGAUGAGGGGCACAACGGGCUUGGUGCUGAAUGGUGAGCAUCCGGCUGUGUUGAAAGACAAGGUGUCGACGCCCGGUGGUUGCACCAUUGGUGGUCUCAUGUCGUUGGAAGAGGAUGGUGUCAGGGGAGCUGUCGCAAAGGCGAUUAGGGAAGCUACUGUCGUUGCAUCAAGACUGGGUGGUGAGAAGAAGGAAUUUGUGAACCACAGGCGGUAGAUGCCGCUGGCAUGAUUGCCCAGGCGUUCUGAGAUGCAGUAUAGAGUAAAGAAAUGAUACCAUGAUUAACCGUGCCAA